AUGAGGGUACUUGUGGCGUUUCUCUUGUCGGUGCUGGGCUGCAGUCUGGCUGAAGGGCGACUUUUGUCCAAAUGUGACCUGAAGAAUGAGUUUGUCAACCUGGAUUUGAACUUCGUGGCAAAGAUUGUCUAUUAUGUGGAGCGGAUGUCGGGCUUUAACACCAGUGCGGUGACUCACGAGACGGAAGACCCCGGUAGCGAGAGGAGGCAUGCGAAAGAUGGCGGCACAGUCUGGCCCCACAGCGUCACGCCAAGGAGCGCCAAGAUGUCUCCGGGACCCAGCGGGCCUCCACACCAGGACGAGGAGGCCCCGACGUUCUAUGGUCUUUUCCAGCUCAGUAAUCUCCUGGCCUGCAGCGACGGCACGACUCCGUCCCCCGACAUCUGCUCGAUGGACUGCAACGACUUCAUUGACGACGACAUAAGUGACGACUUAAAGUGCCUGUUGAAGGUCCAUGCUGCGUUCAUGUACAUGCACAUCUACCGGGAGUGCGGAAAUAAAACCUCUGACUACCUCAAUGAAUGUGAGCCAUAA